GCGCCGCAGGACCGCAUCUCCCGGCGUGCCCCGCGGUUGUUGCUAAGGGCUCCGGGGAGCUGCGAGCUCGGCCGGUCGUUGCAGGCAGGCCGCGCCGCUGCCGCUGCCAUGUCCUAGCGCCCGGGACCCGCCCGCUCCAGCCGGUCCGCUUCUGUCUGAUCAAAGCUUCUCCAGGGACCAUUUCCAACAAAAAUGGCAGAAAAGGUGAAUAACUUUCCACCGCUCCCAAAAUUUAUUCCUCUGAAACCUUGCUUCUACCAGAACUUCGCUGAUGAAAUCCCCAUAGACCAUCGGACUCUGGUGAAGAGAAUCUACCAUUUAUGGAUCUUUUACUGCAUCACACUAUUGGUGAAUCUUAUUGCCUGCCUGGCAUGGUGGCUUGCUGGUGGUUAUCCUGUCAACUUUGGCUUGGCCAUCCUUUGGCUUAUUCUCUUCAGCCCUUGCAGUUACAUAUGCUGGUUCCGACCCGUAUACAAAGCCUUUCGGUCUGACAGCUCCUUUAAUUUUAUGGCCUUUUUCUUCAUCUUUGGCGCCCAGUUUAUUCUCACCUUCAUACAAGCGAUUGGUAUCUCUAGAUGGGGAGCGUGUGGAUGGUUAGCAGCAGCUACUUUUUUCAGUACCAACGUUGCAGCUGCUGUGUUCAUGCUGUUUCCUGCCAUCAUGUUUACAAUGUGUGCGGUUGCAAUGUUCUUCUGUCUCCUAAAGGUGCAUAAAAUCUACCGAGGAGGUGGUGGAAGCUUUCAGAAAGCCCAGGAUGAGUGGAACAGUGGCGCUUGGAAGGACCCCCCGAGCAGGGAAGCUCAGUACAAUAAUUUUUCUGGAAACAGCCUGCCAGAGUAUCCCACAGUGCCCAACUAUCCCACAGGAAAUCAAUGGCCUUAAACAGCAAGUGGCUGUCAUGCUGUCUGGAUCAUCUCUUCUCUUGGUCUCUUCAUUAUUAUCAUUAUCAUCAUCAUUAUUAUUAUUAUUAUUUGAAAAGAUCAUUUGCCUUUCCCCCCCCCAUCUUUAGAUGGUUUUUUUUUUUGGGGGGGUGUUUUUUUAAUCCCCUUCUUAUGACUGCAAAUGAUCUGUGCUGUCAGCCUGUGCUGCAUCUAGAGCUUUGUAUGUCACUGUUGGAACAUUUCAUUUUGUGCACAGUUGCCAGUAUUCACCUUGUUGCAGACCAAGGAACCAGUCACUGCCCUUGCUUGGGGAAUCUGUCAAUGGUCAUAUGUAGAAAAGGCUGACUAUCCCCAUCAUGGCAAAUGCUCUAUUCAAGUUACUCUUUCCCCCAAUCUCCUUCUAUCUUAUCACAUGCACAAUGCGUCACUGCUUUCUUCCAUCAAAAUGGGUAUUAACUGGCAUUUAUACUUCUGGAUGCAUCCCUGGAACUUCUUGUUCCCAAAGGAAAAUGUAUCAUUUAUUUGGUAAGAUUGUAGGUGGAGCUCCCUUGCUGUUCAUAAGGCCUUUUGAAGUUUUACAACUUCUCUUCCUUAGGGUUUUUUAAGUGGGAGAAUGCUUUAGAGAACACCACCCACCAUGUGUGAGUGCUAAUUGUAUGUAGGAUCCAGGAGAACCUCUAGUCACCUGGUAGGGUAUCAUUAUUUUGGAACUCUAGCUUUUCUCUGUUUCUUUCUGAUCUGUCAGGUCGGUAUGCUGUGGAAGUGCAGGUUCAUCUUGUUUGUCUAAUAACUUGCUCACUGAAAUCCUGGUCCAAAGCCCAUUGGCAUCAAAUGAAAAACUCCCACUGACUUCAGUAGGCUUUGGAUUCAGUUGUGUGGGUGAUAUUCACCCCUUUAUGGAUAUCCAGCAUGAGAUGUGGAGACCAGUUGCACCAUGUCUAGGUGCUGACCCCACAUAGCAAUCUAGUGAUUACAUCUCAGAACUGACAAACUCCUGCAAUGUCAAUAAUCUUUUGGGCUACAGCUCUGUAGCCAGGUGCUGGAUAACUUUAUUAAUCUGCAUAUUUAAGACUGCCUAUUUGAUUUGGGGGUAACUAUAAAAAGUGAAGGUUUUCAUCCUUGUAGGUACCAUUUUAUAAAUGAGAUCCAAAUCCAAGCUUAUGAAUGUGAAUUGUUCUGCGAUGUGUUGCCUAUCAGAGAAGAGAAGCUUAAUAUAUAAGUCUUGUUAACUAGCCAUUAGUUAACCAUGUGGGAUUGGUACCCAUGUGUGCUGUCCAUGGUACAGGUGUGUUGUGACCUCUUUCCUUCAGCCUACAGGCAGGGAGGGGAAUUGUUGUCUUUCCCCAAGAAGCAACUUGAGGGGAGGGAUACAGGUUUUGUAUUUUGUUUUGGGGGUUUUUUGUCGUCUUCCCCCUGAGAACUAGUAUGAGUCUUAUUUCUAUACAUUUCCUAUGUCACAAGUUUUAGAAUCUAUAGGUAAGGCCACCAGAUUCCUUUUAAUUUCAUAGUACAUCAGUCCUUUCAACAGCCACAGAAAUCUUAAUCAAGAACCUAUGAAGUACUAAACCCUCGACUUGAGAGAGUUGAAGGGUAUUCAGUACCUUGCAGGGUCAAACCAGCAAACUUUAGGGCUGGAUUCUGUUUUCAAUUGUGGUGUAAAUCCAGAGUGACUCUGUAGCUGUAAGUGGAGCCACUCCAACUUUACUUGGAGUAACUGAGAAUAGAAUCAACUCCCGGAAAGAGAGAGAGAGAAGUUGUCUCAACCGAAUGGCAUUCAUUUGCAAAUGAUCUUUUGAAAAAUGGUCUUAACUCCUACAUGUGCCUUAUCCAAUAAAAUAUUAGCUCUUUGGUGAAAGAAGAAUGCCCUCCUAUCCUUCCCUCCCCCAUUUGGUUUAUUCUUAACUCUUUUCCUAUAUACAUAUUGUAAAUAUUAAGUAGGUGAAAUUCAUCUCUUUGGGAUUCGUGUGACAUCUUUAACAGAUGAGCCAAAGGAAAGCGACUUAAAUAGAGGCCAAAGCCUCCUCAACAUUGAGUUUACAAGCAACAUGUCCUGUUGCUGCAAAGCUAGUUCUUUGCUGGACCUUUGAAAUAUCUAAUAUUGCAAAAAUGGUGAUUCCUUUUUCUUUUGAGUGUGUGGUUUGCUCAUAAACACAAGGGCAAAUGCUUGAAGCCUUGUUAACAGAAUACAGUCCAAUCAUGUUUCUGAGCUUUUAGUUGCCUUGGUCUCGUGCAAAGUGUAAUGUGGGUUUUCUUUGCUGCUUGCCAUCUGGAGGGUGGUGAAAGAACCACCUCUUAACUCCCUGGAAAUACGAUCAUGCUGCCUAGGGAGAUGGGGUAAAAUUCACAGUGCGUGCAUCCUGUUCACAGAAACGGAAGCCAAACCUGUAAUUUGCCAUAUUUGGAAGAUUGAACAUGGUGUGCCUGAUCGACUAAAAGUCACGGAGGGCUUGAGCCUGCAGUGUUCUCAAGAUCCUCCGCGUCACUUGGCCAAGAUUUUCAUAAGUCACUGGCGAUCCUUGACACCUCGAGCCGGAUUUUUUUCAAUGGAGCCUAAAGAGGAGUUGCAGUAAGUUGGGCUUCUCUUUCUCAGCUCUCUUGAAAAAUCCUAGCCUUGUUUUUUUUUUUGAGUAGUCAGCUGAAGCCACCUUGAAGAGGCCUGGUUUACAGAGGACAGGUGCUCAGCACUUUCUGAAAACCAAGGUGGCUAAAGUGAGAUACUCAAUCCUUUUAGAAAAUGUUAGCCAAUGGUCACUGGGGGACUCGAGGAAACCACUGCAGGUCAUCCUUCAUAACAGCACCGUGAACCAUCUUUGCGCCAAGAACCGUAAUUCCAGAAAGUUGACUCAACGCGCUGUCUGAACCGUUGUGGCUUAUUUUUUGGAAUCGUGUAUAUUUUUACAUGUAAUGUUUACACUAGAUUUCUAAGAUGCUAACAAUGUUUUUAGAGAAUUGUUAACCUGGACUAGCCAACUUCUGUUCCGCAUCAUGUUGUACGUGAUUGUUUUGUGUCGUUUGUCAGGUUUUUGUUUCAUUUUUUGUUUGUUUUUUCUUGCAAUCGUAUCGAAUAAAUUCUCAUCUCGUGCUUGGUGAGAAGAGCCUGGA